GUGGAUGAUAUUUGCAGAUUUGGGCCGGGCGGUUUUAAAACCAUGACAUGGUCCUGAAGCCCUCUUCCACCUCCGCCAAGUCUGCCAUGGUUCAACUGGGUUUCACUCAUAGCGCCGUUGAACAAAUAUCUUCCAAGGGGUUUAGCAUCUGUGGAUCAUCCUAUUCUACCUGGAUGUGCUAUUAUGAAUAGCAUGAACAUUUAUUAGAACGGAGAACACUGCCAAAGAUGCCAACUCUAGUCACAACACGGUUUCUUCUCUUUGUUGGUGAUGUUUUACCCUUGAGAAAGUUACCACAGGUUUCCAGGAGAGCUCCGUUCUACACAAGUGUACGUUUCUUGAGCCGGAUUGAUCGUGACAAUGGGCCUCUCUCCCUUGCAAACCUAGGGUUGAAAAGUGAUUUUGAGACUACUAACAAGACUGAAGUAUCCAGAAGUAAAGUGAAGGAAGUUAAAAGAGUUAAGGAAGUUGGGGUAAAAAAUUCACUUGCAAUAGAGGCAGCUCCUUUUGCUGCAAAUUCAUUUUCUGAGCUUGGCCUCUCACCUUUGUUGUUAGAAAGGCUAGAGAAGGAGGGUUUUACAGUUCCAACUGACGUUCAGUCAACAGCAAUACCAGUGAUUCUUAAAAAUCACGAUGUCGUGAUUCAGUCAUACACAGGUUCGGGAAAGACAUUAGCCUAUCUCCUUCCUAUUCUCUCUGAAGUGGGUCCACUGAAGAAGAAGUCUCCUACUGGUGAACAACCUGGGAAGAAAAUGGAAAUAGAAGCAGUAGUUGUGGCUCCUUCUAGGGAGCUGGGCAUGCAAAUUGUGCGGGAGUUUGAGAGUUAGGGACCUUGGAGACAAGAAAACUGGUUCAGCAGUCUUGUCGGAGGUGCAAACCGAUCAAGGCAAGAAGAAGCUCUCAAGAAGAACAAGCCAGCCAUUGUGGUUGGAACACCUGGGCGAAUUGCAGAGAUUAGUGCAGCUGGGAAACUUCACACUCAUGGGUGUCGUUACCUGGUCUUAGAUGAAGUUGACGAGCUCCUCUCAUUCAAUUUCCGGGAGGACAUGCACCGGAUAUUGGAACAUGUGGGAAGGAAAUCUAGUGCAGACACACGUGGCACAAAAAACCUGCUUGCCAAGCGGGCUGAACGUCAGACUAUCAUGGUGUCUGCAACAGUGCCAUUUUCAGUGAUUAGAGCAGCUAGGAGCUGGGGGCAGAAUCCCCUUCUUGUACAAGCUAAAAAAGUUAACCCAAUUGAAUCUGUUUCGCCCUCUGGACCUGUUAAUUUGUCAGAAAACGCUUCCAAUUCUAGUUCAUCGUCGAAUUUGCAGAUACAGUCUGCAGUAGAGAGCCUCCCACCUGCUCUGAAACACUACUACUGUGUCACAAGGUUACAGCACAAGGUUGAUAUGCUGAGGAGAUGCGUUCAUGCACUUGAUUCAAAGUCUGUUAUAGCUUUCAUGAAUCAUACAAAACAACUAAAAGACGCUGUCUACAAGCUAGAGGCCCGUGGUAUGAUAGCUGCUGAGCUGCAUGGUGAUCUAGGCAAGCUUGCCAGAUCAACAAUUUUAAAGAAAUUCAAGAAUGGAGAGGUGAGAGUUCUGGUGACGAGUGAGAUGUCUGCAAGGGGUUUGGAUGUGUCAGAAUGUGAUCUUGUGGUGAAUCUGGGAUUACCCACAGAUGCAAUUCACUAUGCACAUCGAGCUGGUCGAACAGGCAGGCUUGGGAGGAAGGGUACUGUGGUCACCAUAUGCGAGGAACCGGAAGUGUUUGUUGUGAAAAAGCUUCAGAGGCAGCUUGGGGUACCCAUUCAAGCUUGUGAGUUUACAGAAGGCAAACUUCUCAUCGCCGAAGAAAAGGAAAAAAGAUCAGAUGAAGUGAGGUAAUAAAUGUCUCUAAAAUUUCAUAUCCAACUCUUACAGGAGAAAUGUUGAGGGGAAUUGUCCCAGGUUUGUUGCUUUUGUUCUGAUAACAGUUGUGAAUGUUCUAGGCUAGUUGGUUUUUUCACUAACUAGUAAAUAUAAUGUGAAUUUCUACCAAUUUCGAUUUAAAUUACCUUUGUAAUGAAUUUGCAAUUCAUCUUAGAUUGCAUUUUUGUACAUGAAAUAAAAGGUUGCAGUUAUAUAUCA